AUGGGUUUCUCCCAGGUUACUCCCAAAGCCGCUCCUGCAAGUGUCGAAUUAAAGUCGGCAGACACCACUGAGACGGCAUCUCCUUUAAGGCGAGCUUGCCUUAAGAGGCGCAACUUCCGCUGCGGCUGCGGCUCCAUGAUGGCGGUAUCUCCUGGGUUCAAUCCUGAGCUCCAUGGAGAAGCCGCCGACCGUCGGCGACCAGGAGACCGCCGCAAGGCGCGAGAGCAAGCAGCCAGAUUAAAAAAGAUGCAAGAAGAAGACAAGAAACAGAAAGCAGAAUUCAGAAAGAGGAUGGAGAAACUGAUCUCGGAUUUUAUCCAGAGCAGUACGCAGAAGAGGAAGAAGUUUGAUCUGAACAAGCUGGAGAGAAGCAUCCUGCACGACGUGGUUGAGGUGGCAGGGCUGACCUCGUUCUCAUUUGGAGAAGAUGAUGAGAGUAGAUACGUGAUGAUCUUCAAGAAGGAGUUUGCUCCAUCAGAUGAAGAGUUGGAGGCAUAUCGCAGCGGAGAGGAGUGGGACCCUCAGAGAGCUGAGGAGAGGAAGCGCAGCAAGGAGUUGGCGCAGAAGGAGGCCGAGGAAGCUGCAAAGCACGGGCCCAUGCAGGAACCCUGCCCCAACACCAACUAUAAACAGAAAUACAGCCAUUUAAUCGGCACUGUGGCAGCCAAAGAGGGGGCUCACACCCUGCAAGCAAACAAGGCGUACGGUUGUGUACCCACAGCCAACAAGAGGGACACGCGGUCCAUCGAAGAGGCGAUGAACGAGAUCAGAGCCAAGAAGAAGAUGAAGGUGUCGGACGAGGGGACAGGCGGAUCCAGUGGACAGUGACGGCUUCUGCCAUCCUCCCCCGUCGCACAGAGCGAGUCUCCUGGCGAGGUCCCGAGGCUUGGGUCAGGGCAAGGCCCCUGUUCCUUGCUGUUAGAAGCAUGCUUUGAUCCCAGGGCUUUG